AUGGACAACAGACCUGACGAGUCACAACCCAAACCUGGAGGGCAGACACAGACACCAACAAUUCUCGUUACUUUCGAUGCGUUUCCCAUUCUCAAGACCUUGUUUUUCAUGUCUCCCCUCUCAAACCCUACGGUGGCGACGGUGCUGAACCUUCUUACUUCUCAGGUGUCCUCUGAAUGA